GCGCUGCCGGGCCGCGGGGAGCGGAGCGCGGGGCCCGGGUGCGGGCGCGGCCGCGGGGGGGGGAGGGGGACCGCCAUGCUGCUCUUCGUGGAGGUAACAUCAAAAGGUGCUGGUUUAAAUCCCAAUGCAAAAGUAUGGCAAGAAGCUCCACAGGGAAGCACUGAAGCUGCACAAGUGACCAAUGGCACUGAGCAUUCGUGGCCGGAAACGGCAGCCACAUCAGGGACUCAUACUGAGGGUAACGUAGAGAUUUCAGAGGAUAGCUGCAAGCAGUAUGAAGUGAUGUAUUCCCCAUCUUGUGAAGCUCCAAGAAAUGGCACAGGUGUUGAGGAAGCAGCUGCUAAUGGACUGGUCCUAGCAACUGAAGAUCUUGGCUACCAAAUUUAUGAUGCUUCUGGUGAAGGAGGCUCUGCUGUGUCUACAGAAGACCUUAAAGAAUGUUUGAAGAAACAGCUUGAAUUCUGCUUCUCACGUGAGAAUCUGUCAAAGGAUCUCUACUUGAUGUCUCAAAUGGACAGCGAUCAGUUUAUUCCAAUAUGGACAAUCGCCAACAUGGAAGGAGUUAAGAAGCUGACCACUGAUAUGGACCUUAUUCUUGAAGUAUUGAGAUCUUCUCCUAUGGUACAAGUGGAUGAGAGAGGAGAGAAAGUAAGACCAAACCACAAACGAUGCAUCAUUAUUCUUCGUGAGAUCCCUGAAACGACCCCUGUUGAGGAAGUUAAGGCUCUGUUUAAAAAUGAGAAUUGCCCCAAAGUGAUAAGCUGCGAGUUCGCUCACAAUAACAACUGGUACAUUACAUUCCAGUCUGAUACUGAUGCACAACAGGCAUUCAAAUACUUAAGGGAAGAAGUAAAAACCUUUCAGGGCAAGCCAAUAAUGGCAAGGAUAAAAGCCAUCAACACUUUUUUUGCUAAGAAUGGUUACCGGGUAGUGGAUUCCAAUGUCUAUACUCAGCCAGUUCAAACACAAGCACAGUUUGCCUCACCACUGUUUAUGCAGCCUGUUUAUAGUCCUCAGCAGUACUCUAUCUACAGUAUUGUGCCUCAGACCUGGUCUCCAAGCCCUGCACCUUACUUCGAAACACCACUGGCUCCCUUUCCCAAUGGUGGAUUUGUGAAUGGCUUUAGUUCACCAGGAUCAUAUAAGACAAAUGCUGCUUUGAGUAUAGGUCGCCCAUUCCAUAGAAACCGUGUGAAGCCUCACUUCCGGCCCUCGGGUAGCUCGGAACACUCUGCAGAAAGCCCAGCUGCGGUCGGUACCGUGUCGAUAGGGGAUGGACCACUGAACAGAACCAGCUCCAGGAGUUUUGUCAUGGAGCGACAUACCAGUGUGUUGACAGGGCACCAAGAGCAAGGCUAUUCUCAGAAGGAUUUGCCAACCUCACAGAUGGAACAGAAUGGCGACUACGGCAUUGGCAGGGGCAGGAGGAACAUUUUCAGAGGUCGAAGGAGGCGGGAAGAUGACAGGAUUUCACGACCCCAGCCUUUGCCAGAAACAAAGGCUCCAACACCAAAGUUUGACUUGCUUGCAUCCAACUUUCCCCCUCUGCCUGGCAGCACAGCAAAAACGCAAGGAGAGCCUGUGCUGGAGAGCAGAAUGUCUGAUGUUGUGAAAGGAAUCUGCAAAGAGAAGGAGAGCAAGGACUUGCCAGUUACUUGUCCAGCUUCUGCUCAAGAAGAGCAGACGCCUUGUACAGCUCAGCAGCCCGUCACAAGUGCAAGUUCGCCAAGCAGGACUGAGGAUCCUGUGCUAAGCACAACUCGGACCGACAGCAAGCCAGACGAGGUUUCGGCUGAGAAAGAAGCGACAAGCCAUGCUUCCCCACCUGUGUCUUUCUGUCCUGUUGCUGCGAAGCCACCAAGGACAAAUACCACUUCAUCCUCCACCAAUGCAAAUGCAGCACCUGCUGUGACAGUACAGGAACCACGCAAGCUAAGCUAUGCCGAAGUUUGCCAGAAACCCCCAAAGGAGCCGACGCCAGGUCCUGUUCAGCCACUGAGGGAGCUUCGUACCAACAUAGUUUCCCCUGCCAAAAAUGAAGAAAACGGUACUCCUGAGAAGGCUUUGGAAAGGCCCCAUGAGAAGCUUGAAGGCCGAAUGAAGGAUUACUCUGGGUUCAGAGGCAAUGGGCAUCCUAGGGGAGCUGCUGAAAAUCAGGGAACAGAGGCGUCAGUUUGGACGCAGGUCAUCGCCUCAGGGAGCACCGCGGCGUAUCGGCAAGGAGCAGUACGUGCCGCCCCGAUCACCAAAGAAACUCGUCCAACUCUCUUCUCUCUCUUUAAAUUGAGCUGUGGACUAAAGAGCAGCAGAGAAGGCAGACUGAAAAAGAGGAGGUAUUCGGGAAGGCGAAUACUGAAUCGGAGUUGCGGAGAAGUUGGGGAGCAUCCCAAAAUUCAUCUCUCAAAGUGAUUUCACAAAUGCUGGAGGAUUCCAAUCAAUAUAAAUAUAGAGAUUAUAAUUUUUGUAUUUUUUUGUUUUUAAUUUGCAGAGGGUUUCCUGCUUGAAAUCAGUUCUGGGGCUGUGAAUUAGCAUUUUGACAAGAGGAAAAGUGAAAUGACCUAUUAACAUGCCCCUCAAUGUAGAAGGAAGAGGGCAAGAGAAUAUUAUUUUUGAAAAUGAGCAUUUCUGUAAAAUUUAGAAUUUUUUUAACCUAUUUAACGUUUGGCUUGUAGGAUGAUGUGAAUGCCAUUCAUGGCCUUGCAUUGCCAAGCAGAUCUGCGACCUGAGAUGCUUGGUCAGUGUGCUUGAGUUGCGUGAGUGCAGCCAAAAACUGUUAUGUCUUGACAUAGUCACUGAUAAACUGAAUGUACUACUGUAGUAAACUGUGUUUCCAGUUUGAAAUUUAGUCUCUUUUGACCUUACUAAUUUCAUUCAGCAAGCUUUUUAAACUAUAAUUUUACUGGAGAUCCGAGGGUAGAUCAGAGCACGCGGGCAACAAGGAUAGUCUCUCUUCUAGGCAGAAUUGGGAGGGGGUGGAGGGAGCGUGGUUGGGAUUUUACUUUCCCCUUUCCCUCGCCUCCCACUGCGAGGGCUACGUUUUUUUUAUUGCUUAAGCUUUACUUUCUCUAAUCUCUUUAUUACAGACACGUGCAUGUAUUUGGUGUGUGCUCCCGAGGCAGGCCCUAGUAUAGGGGUAACGGAAGACUGCACAGUAUAUGUCAGCCUCGCACGUAAAGAGCCAGACCUUUAAAAUCCUUUGUGUGGAGCUGAGCUCGUUCAGGUGGGAGCUUUAAGGGCAGGAUCAGGCUCCUGACGGAGAGCCUUGUUUCAGGGCCUGUUUUAGACCCAUCCAGCAGUGCGGACAAGUUUCCACGUAGUGCUGUGUAUUAAAACAUCGAGAACCGACUAUCAGACGCCGGGGUUAUGAGUUGGGAGCUCCGUUUACAGCGAAGAUAGUAGCGCCUGACUUUUUUUUUCCUUUUUCUCCCCCCCCCCCACCCACCAAUUCCUUGGAGUUAACUGUUUAAAGUAGAACUAAAGGCCACGACCUUUUUUUUUAACUCUUCUUCAGAGAGGCUACUUGAGGAAAAUUUCUUGUGUAACUUUACAUUGACUAAAUUCGCAACACUAUUGUGUAGUAAGCAGUUAAGUUUACAAGCUGAUUACCAGAAAUGACUGAAUAGGAACAAUACAAUGCAUUAAUCUGCCAAAAUCAGCAUGCCAGGGUUCUAAGUUCUGUAUAAAGUGUUAGGAAAAGUAGCUUGCAGCAGUAAGAAAACUGUACUUUUUAAUUUUUUUUUUUUUAAAGUAAAUAGCAAGUGUACGAAAUAAAGUUGUAAGUUGUAAACACUGGAAAAUUCAUUUGUGAUAUAUACCGUAAACAUCUUAAUAAUAUAUGCUAGUGAUGCCAUUAGAUUGAAUGUAAGUAGCAGUUAAAAAUGACGUUUAACUGUGAAAAUUUUCAUCUUCUGAUUUUUCUUAGUCGGAUAACCCUUGGUGACUUCUUACUCAGUAGGCAUUCUCUACCAACGGCUUGGAGAACACUCAUAUCUAUUUUUAUAAAUAUAUAAAGCCAGAGUUAUCAUUUCUCUAACUUAUUAUUCAGCUUGGCAAUCGCUUUUGAUUUUUUGAUUCAUAACACAGUGUAAUGUAUUUAUGCAAUUAAUUGUUCAUUUCUACGCAUGUUAUAUGUAUAAAAAAAAAAAAAAGAAUCAUUACUCACUUUUAAACUACCUGUACUGGGCUUGGGAAUUUUUUAAUUUAACCACCAAAAAAGAAAAAUCGUUGAAGACACUUGCCAGCGAAGGAUACUUUCCGCCCCUUCUUGGUUUAUUUGCGGAAAGCAACAUUUGAUGGAAACCAAACAAGGAAGUCUGAAGUAAAAGUUUUGAAAGGUAUCCAGGGGGUGAUAAAAGUUCUGAAACGCAUCGAAUUUGCAAAGUUUAAUCUCAAAUGUGAUUAAAAAUUCGACUUGGAUUAUA